CUUAUAAUGUAGCCUAAGAAGAAAGUAGGAAAGAAGGUGGCUGCUCCGCCACUGGCAGUCAAGAAGGUUGAACCCAAAAAGCAAACCAAUCCUCUAUUUGAGAAGCGUACACGUAAUUUUGGCAUUGGACAGGAUAUUCAACCUGCUCGUGAUCUUAGCCGUUUUGUGAAAUGGCCCAAAUACAUUCGUAUUCAAAGGCAAAGAGCAGUGUUACAAAAGAGAUUAAAAGUACCACCACCAAUCAGUCAGUUUACACAAACAUUAGAUAAACAAACAGCAACACAACUGUUUAAAAUGUUGGAAAAAUAUAGGCCUGAAUCAGCCGCUAUGAAGAAGAUGAGAUUAAAAGCCAAAGCUGAACAGAAAGUCGCAAAGAAAGAAGAUACGCCAACUAAAAAACCUAAUGUAGUACGGAGUGGGACAAAUACAGUGACCACACUUGUUGAACAGAAGAAAGCUCAGCUUGUGGUCAUUGCUCAUGAUGUGGAUCCAAUCGAGGUUGUUCUAUUUUUACCCGCUCUGUGUCGUAAAAUGGGAGUACCUUAUUGUAUCGUGAAAGGUAAAUCACGAUUGGGACGUCUCGUUAGACGCAAAACUUGUACCACAGUAGCUUUGACGCAAGUGGAUUCUGGUGACAGAGCCAACUUCGCCAAACUUAUUGAAGCUAUCAAGACAAACUUCAAUGACAGAUAUGAUGAAAUCCGUCGUCAUUGGGGCGGUGGUCUUUUGGGUAGUAAAUCUGCUGCCAGGAUAGCUAAAUUAGAGAAAGCUAAGGCAAAGGAACUUGCGCAAAAACAGGGUUAAUAUCUUCCUGUUCACUGAAUAUUGUUUAUUAUGUACAACAAUAAAACAAGUAAAACCGAU